AGAGAUCGCCGCAUAUGACUGAGACUGCUAAACUACCUGGGUCCAUCUAGCCUGCGAGAUGGUGGCCUGACGGAUAUUGAGUCGUGUCCGGGCACAUGCAGACGUGUUGGGCAUCUUGGUGCUACAAGAUGGAAGUUGCGGAUGACGCGUAUAAAGGUAGCAUUCUUGUACUCCUCUAUGACUCGGAUAGACACCAUAGAGGACAGCUUAGUUGAACUGAUUGAUAUCAAUGAUGGAGAAAUAUCUCUCUCGCAUAAUACCUUUGUCGGAAGACAUCCCCUUCGAUCAGAUGUUGACCGUGCUGUGGGCAAAUCCCACCAGGCGUAUAACCACGUCCGCGACCCUCAUCGCAGCCUAUCUCGUACUGGUCACAUAUCUACGAUUCCAAAGGCUACGCAGAAUGCACCGAAAAUACCCCCAAUACUCAACGCGUCAAGGGAUGGCGCACAUGACCGAUAAUGAUGCAUGGGCUAUUCAAAAACAGAUACUCCAACUUGAGUUUCCGUCGAUUUCGUUGAAGGCUCUUCAGUUCGCGCUUUUUCGGACAUACGGUAUCCCUUCAAUCUCAAGCCUACUACUGAAGACAUCUCAAUUCUCCAACACGGCGACCUCUUUCAAGCGAUACGCCGACACAGGUGCUCUCAUUGGCCAAUUUAUGACCUUUUGCCCGACUUCCGACCGCGCCCUUAAUGCUAUCGCGCGAACGAAGUUCCUUCAUACCUGGUACCGGGCUAGUGGUAAGAUUCUCGAAUCCGACAUGCUAUAUACCCUGAGCCUAUUUGCGAUCGAACCGAUUCGCUUCGUGGAGAUAUUCGAAUGGCGAACUUUGAGCGAGUUGGAGAAAUGUGCCAUUGGCACGUACUGGAAGAAUUUAGGUGACGCAUUAGAGAUUGACUUCGGCGUCUUGCCAUCAGGGAAGGUCGGGUUCCGGGAUGGACUACACUUCAUCGAGGAGAUUACGGAGUGGAGCCAUCAGUACGAAGCGGAACAUAUGAAGCCCAGUCCGGAGAACAAGGCUGUAGCGGAUAAGACUAUGGAUGUGCUGGUCUACGUAUUGCCCGGUUGGGUGAAAGGCGUGGGUAUAAGAUUCGCAUCAUGCAUGAUGGAUGAAAGAUUGAGAGAGGCGAUGAUCUAUGAAGCACCUCCGCGGAUCUACUCAGCCAUAUUUGCCUCCCUUGUGGCCGUCCGCAGGUUUUACUUGCGGUAUUUGUGUCUUCCACGACCAAACUUCCUCCGUCAGGAGGUCUUCACGCCCGACGUCAACGAAUAUGGUCGUUACUAUGUACGGAUUUGGAGUGGCGCACCAUACUACGUUCGGCCAACACUAUGGAACCGCUGGGGUCUGUCAGCAUGGUUUAGUUGGUUGUUAGGGCUCCCUUUGCCCGGGGACGAAGCAGAAAAGUACUAUCCCAACGGAUAUGAUACUGCUGACCUUGGGCCUAAGUAUUUUGAAGGGAAGGCCAAUGUGCCACCAGAGAAAGUCCAUAUAAUAGAAAAGCUUCGGAUGGCAGGCGGAGGAUCAAUUAGCGAAGGCGAUCCAGUAAAUGGAUACAAUUUUCGCGCCGGAGGAAUGCCUCCGUUCAAUGGAGCUCCCAUGCAGGAACUACUUAAACUCGUCCCAUCAAGAACACAAAAAAACAAAACAGCCCUAGACGACAUCCUCGAGUACGCCAAUACCGGCCUCGUGGAUCGCAUAUCUCACACACGCCUUCUAACUAAUAAACCACAAAGCUUGGGCCGUAUCGAUCCCCGGAAAAUCAACCUUGGGUUGCGCGACCGCAUCGAUCUCUUCAUGCUUACCUCAAAGCCAGAGAAGACUCUAGGGCGAACACGCAUUAAGGACCAUUUCAAUGAGGCUUUCUUCAAGAGUAACUAUUGGAUAGUGCUAGCCACAACGUUCGGGUUCCAGCCGUGGCACAGCGCCGCCGAAUUCCGGCGAUACAUCGCCCAAUUUAUGCACGAUAUUCACAACCUCAACUUUCCCCGCGUGCUUGACUCCGGCCGGUAUAAUCGUCACGAGGCCAUCGUCGCUCCUAUCGCCCACUUUCUAACCUCCCAAGGGGUUGAUUUCCAAUUCAAUACGACCGUCUCGGAUAUCGUCAUCGACACGGCCAACGAACAAAAGCGCGUAUCCUCUAUCUGCGCACACAGAGGAGACGAGCGCGACCACAGGAUCGACGUCGGACCAAACGACAUCGUCAUCGUCUCUCUGGGCUCAGUCAUGUCCGGGACAACGACCGGCAGCAACACCGAACCACCCUCACUGACGCUAACGGAGAUCGAGAAGGACCUCGACGAAAACUGGCUUCUAUGGCUCGAGCUAUGUACAAAGGACCCCAAAUUCGGGAACGCGUAUAAUUUUUGUACACGCAUGCCCGAAUCUCGCCUUGAAUCGUUCACGGUCACGCUUAAGGAUCCUGACUUCUUCUCUCGAUUCACCAAAUUAACAGAUAACGAACCCGGGACGGCGGCGUUCGUGACACUAAAAGAUAGUAGCUGGGUCAUUAGUCUGAAUAUCCCGAAGCAGCCGCUUUUCCCUGAUCAGCCCGACGACGUGCAAGUCCUCUGGGGCUAUGGUCUGAGCCCCGAGGCUGUCGGAGACUAUGUUAUGAAGCCUAUGUUGGCUUGCCCCGGGAAGGAUAUUAUGGAGGAGAUACUUUGUCAUUUGCAGUUCCCUGUGGAGAAGAUUCUCAAAAGCUCGAUCACUAUUCCCUCCGUUGUGCCGCGGAUGACUGCAACAUUGCUACCCCGGAACUGCGGUGAUCGGCCGCAUGUUAUCCCGGAGGGGAUGGAGAAUAUUGCGCUUAUCGGGCAGUUUGUAGAUAUUCCGAAUGACUCGGUUGUGACUAUGGAUUACGUGGUGAGGGGCGCGCAGAUGGCGGUUCGUCGGUUGAUGGGGUUGGAUGUCGACGGGAAGAAGUCGAAGAGGAGCUCGGCGGUUAAUUUGUUGGGAUUGUUGUAG